ACAGUCGUCGUCGACGCCGCCGCCACUGGCAAAAACAAACUUUAAUUUCAAAUACAAUUCUCGUCCGGUACCAUCUCACAUUGUCGUCGCCGUCGUCAUCGUCGCCAUAACAAUAAAAAUAACAUAUUAUAUCGCGCAUAUCACGCAAGCCCGGUGUAUCCUUAUACGUUAUCAUAACACCACACACCUACGCAUAGGUGCCACCGAGAAAAUUCUAUACCUGCGACCGAAGAAGAAUAUAUAUUACAUCUAUUCACCGCGCAGCGCAGGUCCUAAGACAUAACUAUACGCUGCAGCUGAGUCGCCACUGCUGCACUCAGGCGCGCAUAUACGAUAUUAUAAUAUAAUAUAUAGUACAAUAUAGGCAGUCGUCGUCGUACGACUCGCACAUUCGGCGUACAGCAGCGACCGUAGUCGAUUCAUUCCGAUCGCUUUACGGGCAAAAUGGCCGAUGGAACAGGCGCUGGACUUACUGCAGGAGAUGACACAGUGGUCGGAGGCCCAAAGACACCACAGCAAAUCGCGGCGCAAAAGCGAUUGCAACAAACACAAGCACAAGUCGAUGAGGUGGUGGAUAUUAUGAAGACUAACGUGAUGAAGGUACUGGACAGGGAUCAAAAACUCUCCGAACUGGAUGACAGAGCAGAUGCAUUACAACAAGGGGCAUCGCAAUUUGAACAACAGGCUGGAAAACUAAAGAGGAAAUUUUGGCUACAAAAUUUAAAGAUGAUGAUCAUAAUGGGAGUUAUUGGUCUCGUAAUAUUAGCCAUUAUAGUUGCUUGGUUUUCGGACGAAUAAAGCAUAGGUAACAAACUUCGAUGCGAGCCACCACACACAGUGACAACCGAUCAACCGUCAAAAACGUGACUCUUUAAAUGAUAAAGAAACUGAAGGUGCAUUAAAAUAAAAAUAAAUUUAUAGGUAUAUAUACAAUAUACAUAUAUAUAUAUACUAAAAAUACAUAAAUAUCGCUUUGAAAAACUGCCCCUGUCCAAAAAAAAAAAAAAAA